UUGAAAUUUAUCGGUCCAUGUUUUCACUUAAUAAUGUUGAAUCAUUAUUGUUUAGAAGGUUGUAAUUCAUCACUCUUUGAAACAUCCUUGAAUUACUUUUAUUAGUUUAGCUUGAACAUCUUCAACCUAAUUAUACUUUGUGAUUUUGGAUACAGUUUAUGAAUGAUACGCAAAUGGAGGCAACCCGUUAUAUUGGCUUUGCUAUUUUGAUUAUAGAACUGCUAUGUUCCACCGACAUAAAGGGUUACGGAGUUGCAGCGGAGGAAGACCCGUGUAAAGGGAAGCCAUGUUCGCUGACAGGAGAGUGCGCAAUAUCGCGGCUGGGCAAGUGCACGUGUAAAAAGGGUUUCAAGUUCGAAGACGAAACCAAUACCAAAUGUGUUGAUAUGGACGAGUGUGGGUCACAUUUCCACGACCCGUGUGAACACCGAGGAAUAUGCCAUAACUUCGUAGGAGGUUACAGCUGUAGCUGCCUGCAAGGUUGGAGUAACGAUUCCCAUUGCUACUCGAAUGUGAGCUCUGAUACGAGAUGUGUCCCGGGCUAUGAGGGUCCCCGAUGUCAGGAUAGCAUGUGUGGACAUUAUGGGUACUCGGAGACAGUGGGCGUGGAUGAUUAUAGAUGUAUAUGUUCGGAAGGCUGGACGCACACCGCUGAAAAGGGCGUGUGUGACAUUGACAUUGAUGAAUGUAAACAAUCUGAUGCAUGUAGCGACAAAGGACUCUGUAAUAACACGGACGGUUCAUACGCGUGUGUUUGCCUCUCUGGCUGGAAUGGAGCCAACUGUUCAUCUUACAACUGUACCGUCCGUCCUUGUGAAAAUGGUGGUACAUGUGUUGAUGGCCACUGUCUUUGUACGAGUAAUUGGGCGGGCAACGAUUGCUCGUCUUAUGUUCCAACAGACUUAGACACAUUGAUUCCAGGCAUUGCCGAUCGUAUGUUGCUGUACGGAAGUUCUGGAUUACUUAUGGUCUUGAUUAUACUAGUGUUCGUGUCUGUUUGGUGUGCAUGCAAGAAUAAAAAGCAACAGAAAGUUUUCCCGAACAGAACGAUGGUAACCAUAGACAACUAUGGCCGUUUUCUACGCAAACCGUUAUUCCAAUAAAUUGUCAACCGUCAACGGAGACUUGCCG